AGGCCGCGCGACCGGAAGCGGUAGCGACCCCGGAAGUCCUCACGGCUACAGCUGGUCCGUACGAGCUCGUCCCCUGCGCCGCCCCGAGGGGUGUGCUUGCCCGCCUGGCCAUGGACGACACCCUGUUCCAGUUGAAGUUCACAGCUAAGCAGCUGGAGAAGCUGGCCAAGAAGGCAGAGAAGGACUCCAAGGCUGAGCAGGCCAAAGUGAAGAAGGCCCUUCAGCAGAAGAAUGUGGAGUGUGCCCGUGUGUACGCUGAGAACGCCAUCCGCAAGAAGAAUGAAGGAGUAAACUGGCUCCGGAUGGCGUCCCGUGUGGACGCGGUGGCCUCCAAGGUGCAGACAGCUGUGACCAUGAAGGGGGUGACCAAGAAUAUGGCACAGGUUACCAAAGCUCUGGACAAGGCCCUGAGUGCCAUGGAUCUUCAAAAGGUGUCUGCAGUGAUGGACAGGUUUGAGCAGCAGGUGCAGAACCUGGAUGUGCACACAUCGGUGAUGGAGGAUUCUGUGAGCUCCGCUACUACGCUGACCACACCUCAGGAGCAGGUCGACAGCCUCAUUGUCCAGAUUGCUGAGGAAAAUGGCCUGGAGGUCCUAGACCAGCUCAGCCAGCUUCCAGAGGGAGCCUCUGCUGUGGGCGAGAGCUCUGUGCGCAGCCAGGAGGACCAGCUGUCUCGGAGGUUGGCUGCCCUGAGGAAUUAGCCCGUCCUUGGCAGGUGCUGCCUCCCCUGCCCUGUGAUGUGCUGGAGGCUUCUGCCCGGCUGCGUUCCUCUCUUUCCAACCCUCCAGAGCUGCCCUGGCUCUUUUCCAACCCGUCAGGCUGGUGCCUCAGAACUGAGCCUUAGGUUGGGCAGCGGGUCUCUGUCCUGGUAUUGAAUUUGCACAAGCGUGUGGUGACUUCUGUGAGUGUGGGCCACAACUGGAGGAAGGCACGCUUUCUUUUGUCCUAUAUGAGGUUGACAGGGUUUGGCCUGCAGAUGUUUCUGGACUUGAGCCCAGUGCUUUGGGGCCUUCAGAGUCCAGUGACUACACACCUGCUAUGUGCUGUGGCCAGUGAGGGUCAGAGCCAGUCCUCCUUUGCCAGGCAACUCUUGGGAGCCUCUCCCCCUUCCUCUGCAGACAAGAAAUCCCAUUGUGUGACAGCCGUUAGUAGGUUCCUGUGGACUUUGUGUACCAAGGUGUCCAGUGCCACCUGCACUGACCUGGGGCCUUGACAAGUGCUUACUCUCUUCCGUCUUGCCAGAGCUGCAGUCUUGGUGUCCACUGCCACCUGACUGAGUCUGCGUGGCCUUUCUGUCCCUCAGCUCCUUCCCCAGCCUGCAGGAACAGAACCACCAUUCAAUUUCAAGUCCAGGACCCUCCUAAGAAAAUCUUAAACUGUACUCCACAGCUGCCUCUGGAAGAACUCUGGGCCACUGGGGCUGAGCUGUCUGCCUGAUGCUGACAGGCCCCCUAGUGUCAGCCUCCCAGGCCCUUUUAGAGCUGCUCAUUCUUGAAUAGCUGGUUCUCCUGUCCUUUUAGACAAAGGCUGCUGUUUCUGCCUUCUCCAAGGGAGAGCCAGGGUCAGUCACUUGUGGCUGCUGGCAGCAAACUCUUACAUCCUUCCACAGUGAGGAAGCCGGCAGCAAGCAGGUAGUGCGGCUGACUGGGCAGCCCGGAGACUGUACAGACUGCUGUUUUAUUUUCUAUCUCCUGAAGUUUACUCAUGUUCUUAAAACUCCUGGUGAUUUUGUUCUUUUGCCAAAGUAGGAAGCACAGCGGAUUUCACAGCCCUGUAGGCUGAGCAGUGCAGCGCUGCCCACAGGUUUACACACAAGCUUGGAGACCACCUGUGUUUGGUUUCUUCUGUUCUGCACUUUGGAGCCCUUGGGUAUUCCACAUUACAAGUUGAUGUUAUAGGCGGGAGCUGGAAUUGUUGGCCCUGGAUGUGGGGACCACAGUACAAUCUAAGCAUGGGCCCCACAAGGCUUCCUGAAACCAGCCUCCUCCUUGUUGGAUGUUGAGAGCAGCUGCAGUGUCGGGACAGCCUGUGAGCUCCCUGGGUCGUGGACAGUGCAGGAUUUGUGGAACACUAGUAGGGACGGGGGAGCUGGGCUGGGUUCAUCGGGAUGGGCAUGUCUGCCUUUACAGUGCUGUCGCAAGUCAAUAAAGGGAUUGGUGGAGAACGUC